AUGGCGGACGAUUUCAACGCUGCGCUCAUGAAAAAUCGAUUUUACGAACAACUCGAAUACUACCGACGCUCGAACCCGCCCAAAGAGGUUGUGAGUAUAAGCGAUAAGCGUUAUCAGCAAAUAUUAGAGGACAUCCCAAAAGCAAGAGCGAGCUUAGAAAAAACGGCGCAUGAAUUCUGGUUGUUGAAAACCUACGAUAUAUUGAAUGUUAAGGGUGUAAAUAAAUUAAUUUAUCCAAAUAGUAGUCCGGCGUUAUUGUAUCUAUCGGAUGGAGAGUUGUUCAACGCAGUCCAUGAGAAUCCAUAUAAAGCGCUCUUUGGAGACACUAUUAAAUUAGGGCUUGAAAUGCAAAAUUCAUGUUCUCUAUUAGUUGAAGAAGAUUUGGAAAGAUUCUUGGGAGUAGAAAAUAAAUAUGAAAAAAGAAUUAGAAAUAAGCAUACAUUGUCUACUUUAGAAACAAUUACUUCUCCUGGUUUGGAAUCAAAUGUGAAUAUUUCAGAGUCUGUCGAGUCAAAUAUCAAUGGUGUUAUUGCAUCGGAACCAUUAUUUGAUCAAAUCACAUGUUCGGAUUCAAAGCUUGAAACUUUAGUUGUUACAGAACCACUAAUUAAAUCUCUUGAUGAUUCGAAAUCUGCAAAUGAUACUUUUUGUACUACUGAGAUGUUGAUUAAUAAUAUUUCUACUUCAGAAUUGGCUACCAACUAUUACUCGAAACAUUUAUCAAUGGUACGAGUAUAUACUAAUGUUUCUUCUAUUGAAUUUACUAUGGAUAUGUAUUCUCCUCCUGAAUCGAUUAUGAUGGCUACUUCUGUUUCAGAACCGAUAUUUGAUAAUAUAGUUAUAUCAGAUUCAGAUAUUAAUACUUCUAAUAACUCUCUGCAAUCAUUAAUCAAUUCUUUCACUAUUCUGGAACGAAGUCAACAACUCCAACCAACAAACCUUCAAAUUACUCAAGUUAUGAAUUUUCCUCCUUCAGAACCAGCUCACGUGAUAUUUCCAAAUUCAGAUCCAAUUUAUAAUAACAUUUCUACUUUGGAUUCUAUAACAAAUACUUUGAUGCCAUUAGAGUCAAUAAUUGACUUUUAUCCAACAAAGACAACGAAUGGUAUCAUUACCUUUACUAAUAGCAAAACAAUUUUCAAUACUAUCUCUAUACCACAUGCUAUGACAACCCUUCCUUCUACGAAUACCUCGAUUGAUACUAGUUUUGAAGCUAAUAUCGACACGUAUUCACAGUCAUUUAUAAAAAAUGUUUCUUCUCCAGAAAAGGAAUUUACCUAUAACAUACCAACCCAAAUAACUAUAUCAGAGACCAUUCCUAGUCAUACUUUUACAGAUAUUUUUACCAAUAAUUUUCCGAAUUCAGAUUCAGAACCAAUCAUCAUCACCAUACCUGGUAUAGAACCAAAUCUAAAUAAUAUAUCGUUCACUGAAUCAACCAUUAAUACAAAUGGAGAAUCAAAUAUAAAUAUGAUACCUAUGUCAAAAACGACAGUCAUACCUCUCCCUGAUUCC